CUGGCUACUUUUGAAGUGGCGGAGGUCCUUUUAGCGUUCCUAAAUGGGGCUAUAGCUCGGAUGAGAAAAAGAGUCAAUCAAUAUUCGGAUAGGCCGGCAUUUCCAUAAACUCAUUCCCCGCCCGGAUUUUCAAUGAAGCCAUUCGUACUCCGGACGUCCCUCAUGUCUGCUGCAAAGUGUGUAGCUUUUCAGCUUCUUUUUCUUGACCACCAACCCUGUAUACCAUAACAUACAACACCCCCCAACUCCAAAUAAAAUGAUAUAGAAAAGAAAGAAAAAUGCGCCGCAAAGCCCAAAAAUCCCUCACCCAACUCGCCGUCUUCGGAUGUAUCCUCUUCCUCAUCUUCUUCCUAAACCGCUCCCCAUCACCCACACCCACACCCAAGAAGAGAAUCCUCAACAAAUACCCAUGGAGUAAAAUCACCUACCAAACCAGCUCCGAAGUGCCCGAAUCCCGCGGCAUCUGCCGCGGGCUCAAACGCACCUCCAAACCAGCCCUGGUCAUAUCCCGCGUCGAAGCCGAUGGCGAUCCCACCUGGCUCAACACCCUAAGCGGCAAAUACCACCUCUGCAUCUAUACCGUGGACGCACCCCCCAACCCCAAAUCCAAGUACCUCCAGGUCCCCGCCAACCGCGGCCACGAGGCAAUGGCCUACCUCACCUUCCUAAUCGACAACUACGACCAAAUCCCCUCCGCAGGCGCCGUCUUCGCCCAUGGCUCCCGCUUCGCCUGGCACAACGACCACCCAGAAUACGACAACGCCGAUCUCCUCGCAGCACUCAACAUCCCCACCGCCCUCGAACCAUGGGGCUACCACAACCUCCGCUGCGACUGGAGCCUAAGCACCUGCCCCUCAACCGUCCCACCCCAAGCCGGCCUCUCAAACACCUUCAAAGCCGUCCUCCAACCCUGGUCUGCGCGCGCAGUCUCCGACAUCGCCCUGCCCAAAGCCCUAACCUCUCUCUUCGGGCCGGCCGCUAGACUCCCCCGUAGCCAGACCAUCCGCUCGCAGUGCUGCGCACAGUUCGUCGUGUCGCGCGAUAACAUCCGUCGCCAUUCACGGGAUGAGUACGUCGCGCUGCGGCAGUGGUUGCUGGACGCGGGACGGCAUCGAGAUGCGGCGCCGCUCGACGAUCGGAUCUCCGGGCGGGUGCUGUCCUACGUGUGGCAUAUCUUGUUUGUGGAUCAGAGUCUCCUGGUUGCGGGGGGCGGGGUGGAUCUGGAUGCGUUGAACCAGCAGGCUUGUCCGUCUGCGGGGGAUUGUUAUUGUCGAUUGUAUGGGAGGUGUGGGCUUGAGAGGUGUGUGUCGGGCGGAGGGAGUUGUUUGGGGCAGUAUGCGUUACCGAAGAAUUUGAGGUUGCCGGAUGAUUGGGCGGCGACGCAUUGAGGGCGUUUUAUUGAGUUUUAUGAGUAAUGUUGGGGAUGAUGGGAUGGAUAUACGGAUGCGUACUACUUAAUUGCGGGAGUUAGGGUGUUUUUGGUCGAGUCCUGAUUGGGUUUUGUAAUAUAUAUAUAUAUAUAUAUGUCU